AUGAUCACAGCAGAAGCAGAAGCAACUCUCUGCUGUCAGUACCCAACUAGAGCUUUCUCUGCCAGGAGUAGCCUACUUCUGAUAACUGUAGGCUUGGAAGAAAAAUGAAGCGAAGCCACAAUUACAGUUCGUCGGAUAGCGACCUGGACGACAAUGUUGAGGUGGAGAAGGAUAGUGGAGACGAAAAUUGUCAACUUGAUUCCCACGGCUCGAUGUCACCCUCCACAACCACACAAGUUCAAGCCAGAAAAAGGCGAAGAGGGAUAAUUGAGAAACGCAGACGUGACCGAAUCAAUAAUAGCUUGUCAGAGUUGAGAAGACUGGUGCCAAGUGCUUUUGAGAAACAGGGAUCAGCUAAAUUAGAAAAAGCAGAAAUUUUGCAAAUGACUGUGGACCAUUUGAAGAUGCUUCAUGCCUCUGGUGGCAAAGGCUAUUUUGAGGCUCAUGCUCUUGCUAAGGAUUACCGCAGCUUGGGCUUCAGGGAGUGCCUGGCAGAGACGGCUCGCUACCUGAGCAUCAUAGAGGGUCGGGAGAGUGCAGACCCCCUCCGUAUACGUUUGGUGUCCCACCUCAGCAACUACGCCUCUCAGAGAGAGGUGCACACUGGACUGGAACACUUAGCCUGGGGCUCUGCUUACAGGACUGGCCCUGCCCAUCUUCCCCACCCCCUCCUCCUACAACACCCCCAGGGCAGGACACCUGCAUCCAGAAGCAACAGUAGCCCACCCUCUUCCUCCUCGUCUUCCCCUACAUCUUCUUCCUCCUCCGCUGAGGCAUCUGGGACAUCCAGACUCGGUGUCAUGCCCCCCACAGAGUCCCUCAGGGUGCCUCCCAGUGGCUCGCUGCCCCUCGGUCUGUCUCUGCCAACAUCCAAGCUUUCACCACCGCUCCUUUCAUCCCUCUCCUCGCUGUCAGCCUUCCCCCUCUCCUUCGGUGCUUUCCCUCUGGUCUCCCCGACGGCUCUCAGCACAGUGAGCCCCUCCUCCACCCUGUCAAAGCCUUACAGGCCUUGGGGCACAGAGAUUGGGGCCUUCUGAAGCUAACAGCAGGACUGAAGGCAACAGCUGAGCUGUGCCCACCCUCACAGACUAGGCAAGAUAACCUGCCUCAUCUGUUUUUAUAGCAAUAAAACACAGGAGAACAAAGCAAGCUGAUUUAUUUUGUUCAGUAUAAAGAAUAAGUUUGACAGGUUGCUGAAGGGUGUUGUUUCCUCUCAGUAUGUCAUUACUCCCAUAAAGAAAGGAAUUCUAAAUGAUUUUAUGUUAUUCAUUGGAACUGAUAACUAAUUUAGUUGUGCACUGUCUCCAGGUUGAAGACUGAUAUGAUGAUAUGUCCAUGAGUAGAUUUUCUGUAAGCACAGAUGUAGAGAUAAUAUUUUGUAGACCACAUACUGAAACUUCUACAUUUUCCGAGCAUGGAUGUCUGUAUUUAACAUAAUGUAGAAUGACUUAAUUGGGCCUUCUUCUUCAGUGGUAUCAGAAGUCGUGGAAAUGAAUAUGCAUAUUAUAUGUGCCACUGCUGUAAAACUAACCACUUGAGAAUUGGAACAUUGCAUUCGAUUUGUAAUAUUUUUGUACCAAUAAAUUGAGUUAAAAGUAUAAAACAUGGA